AUGGCUGAGGCGCCCCGGACGGUACUGAUCUCAGGCUGCUCCUCGGGAAUUGGCCUGGAGCUCGCAGUGCAGCUGGCUCAUGACCCCAGGCAGCGCUACCAGGUGGUGGCCACCAUGAGAGACCUGGGAAAGAAGGGGAUGCUGGAGGCAGCUGCUGGAGAGGCUCUGGGUCAGACCCUCACGGUGGCCCAGCUGGACGUGUGCAGCGACAAGUCAGUGGCUCAGUGUCUCAGCUGCAUCCAGGGAGGGGAAGUGGAUGUGCUGGUGAACAAUGCUGGAGUGGGUCUGGUGGGGCCCAUCGAGGGGCUCAGCUUAGCUGCCAUGCAGAACGUCUUUGAUACCAACUUUUUUGGAGCUGUCCGUCUGGUCAAAGCUGUGCUUCCUGGCAUGAAGAGAAGGCGACAGGGCCACAUUGUGGUGGUCAGCAGUGUCAUGGGGCUGCAGGGUGUCGUGUUCAAUGAAGUCUACGCGGCCUCCAAGUUCGCCCUGGAGGGAUUCUUCGAGAGUCUGGCCGUCCAGCUGCUCCAGUUCAACAUCUUUGUCUCCCUGGUGGAACCCGGCCCGGUGGCCACCGACUUCGAGGGGAAGCUGAUGGAGCAGGUUUCCACGGCCGAGUUCCCGGGCACUGACCCCGACACCCUGCGCUACUUCCGGGAUUUCUACCUCCCCACCUCCAGGGAGCUCUUCCGCAAUGUGGGGCAGAGCCCAAGGGAUGUGGCCCAGGCCAUUGUCAAGGUCAUCAGCUCGGCCAGACCACCCCUGCGCCGACAGACCAACGCCCGUUACUCCCCGCUGACCGCACUCAAAGCUGUGGACCCGUCGGGCAGCCUGUACGUGCGAACCACCCACCGCCUGCUGUUCCACUGGCCUCGCCUCCUCGACCUCUGCCUUCGAUGUCUGGCCUGUGGCUGUCUCCGCAGCCGGGUACAGCCCCAGUGA